CAAAACAAAAUAUCGCAGGUUGAAUUUGUACUAUUGAAUUUCAUACGGUAGCAGAGCGAAAAUUCCUAACAGCAGACCUCCCACAAAAAAAACACCCGUACACUCCCUUUUCGUAAUUUAAUUGCUGCUGCUUUCUUUCUUCUUCGCCACACCGACUUACAACGCCAGAGAGAGAGAGAGUGUGUGUGUGUGUUUUGGAGAGAUGGGGCUUGAAAUUGUGGAACCAAACGCGUGCAUUAGAGGUUGCUGCAGCAGCAAUUCCAUUCCUCUCCAUCUUCCACCUUCCUCUUACACUCUCCUCAAACCAAUUGCCCGGGGGGCUGAGAGUGUUGUAUAUGAAGCAAUUUUGGAUGGAAAGAAAGUUGCUGUGAAGAAACCCAUCUUGUCUACUUCUGAGGAUCUUGAUAAGUUCCACAAGGAGUUGCAAUUGCUAUGUAAGCUUGAUCAUCCGGGAAUAGCAAAACUGGUUGCCGCACAUGCAAAGCCACCCAAUUACAUGUAUUUCUUCGAAUUCUUUGAGCCUCCGAACUUAUCUGAGAAAUUACACAUGGAAGAAUGGAGUCCGAAUAUCAAUCAGGUGCUUGCGGUUGCUGUCCAAUUAGCAAAGGCUUUGCAAUAUCUGCAUCACCUCGGGAUUGUACAUAGGGAUGUGAAACCGUCAAAUAUUCUUCUGGACGAAGAUCUUUAUCCACACUUAGCAGACUUUGGUUUGGCUGAGUACAAGAAAGAUCUUAAAGGAGUUUCCGUUGGGAAUUGGAGGUCAUCUGGAAAACCUACUGGUGGUUUCCACAAAAAAAACAUGGUUGGCACUCUCAUUUACAUGGCACCUGAAAUACUAAAGAAGGAAAUACAUACAGAAAAAUCAGAUGUCUACAGCUUUGGUAUAUCAAUUAAUGAGCUUCUUACUGGUGUUGUUCCAUAUACUGAUCUUCGUGCGGAAGCCCAGGCACACACUGUACUGGAGAUGAACUACACUGAGCAGCAACUAACAGCAGCUGUGGUGUCUGAUGGAUUGCGACCUGUUCUUGCUGGUGCUGAAUCUGGUGCACCAUCUACUUUGUUGUCACUGAUAGAGAGGUGUUGGGAUGCAAAUUCUCAAAACAGACCUUCUUUUGAUGACAUAGUUGCAGAACUUGGUACAAUUUUGGAACAGGGAGAAAAUAUGAAAGAAUCAGAUAUUGUCUUUCCCAAAUCUUCUAAUUCUCUUGGUGAUCAGCCGGUUUAUGUUGCUAGCAGCCUUCAAGCUUACCAAGAGGGUAUUAACUGGUUUUCUCAGGGAGAAAAUUUCAUCACAAGAGCUUGUCUACCUAAACCUGGUACAGCAAUCUGGCUUGCAUCAAAUGAUCCCUUGGCAUAUAAUCCAAUACUUUCUUGGGGAUCCUUUGCUACAUGUGGGAGACGGGAGACCAUGGAGGACACUCAUUUCCUUUUGCCCCAAAUGUUUCAUCAAGGGGACAUACAUGCUUUUGGUAUCUUUGAUGGUCAUAGAGGUGCAGCAGCUGCCGAAUUUUCAGCUCGAGCGUUUCCAGGAUUCUUGCAAGCUUUAAGUUCAACUAGCAGUCCAAGUGGUGCAUUAUUCGAAGCAUUCAUUAAGACAGAUAUUGCGUUUAGAGCUGAGCUGGAUUUUUCUCGUAAAUCCAAGAGAGUUAUCCAGAAGGACUGGCAUCCCGGUUGCACUGCAGCAGCUGCUCUUAUUGUUGGAAACAAGCUUUUUGUGGCUAAUGCUGGUGAUUGCAGGACCAUAUUGUGUCGGGCUGGCCAUCCCUUUGUUCUAAGCAAGGAUCAUGUUGCAAGCUGUCUUGAGGAGAGGGAGCGGGUUAUUAGUGCUGGGGAACAAGUUAGAUGGCAAGUAGAUAAUUGGCGGGUGGGUCUUGCUGCUCUUCAGGUCACUCGUUCCAUAGGGGAUGAUGAUCUAAAGCCUGCUGUAACCGCAGAACCUGAGAUAACUGAAACUAUUCUUUCGGCAGAGGAUGAGUAUUUGGUAAUGGCAAGUGAUGGAUUGUGGGAUGUUGUGAGCAAUGCAGAGGUUGUAAGCAUAAUCAAGGACACUGUGAAAGAGCCUGGAAUGUGCUCCAAGAGAUUGGCGACAGAAGCAGCAGAGCGUGGCAGCAAAGACAACAUCACAGUCAUUGUUGUCUUCCUUCGUCCCGUCUCCACAGCUGAGAGAAUUUACUAGGUUGGUUGAUAGUUUCCUGCUUCUGAAUGCGAAUAGUCGGGUUAAACAAUCAAAUGUCGGAAGAUAUGAUGAACCUGGAUAAUAAAAAUUGUAGUUGUACGAUACUGACAAUGUAUGUGAAAUUUGCAUCCAAAUUAGUGAAUGCUUCUUGCAUGUAA